AUGUCAGACUUUGUCGGGAGUAGAUAUGAUAAGCAAGAAGAUUUUCAAGUUUUGUUGAGCAAGAAAGAUCCUGGAGAACCACCUCAGCACAAGCAUUACCUGUGGAUGGCACACUGGACCAAAGCAAGCAGCAGUGCAGAACCCCGAAACAACAAUGUCAGCAAUCCUUUGGAGGAUAUCAACAAGGGCACUACUGCAAAAGAUAGUCAGACUUUGCCUUAUGAAUUCAUGAAAUCUACAGUUGCUGAACGGCUCAUGGUAGGAGUAAGCCGUGGAAGUGCCUCCAUGCAGCAUGCCCGACAGUUCAAUUCUAGUAUGUGGGGUAUGGCACGCCAUGUUUCCAAUGAAUUGGGACCAAAGAAUAGUGAACAGGUUGAUGAGUCUUUUGAAAAAUCUAUGAAGAAGGAUGCUGUGAACUUGCAAGCCAGGGCAGUUGUGUCAGAAACAUAUUCUAUUCACAAGCUUUCAGAGUUACCGUUGGAUUUUCAGAACCUUGGGAGCUCAGAUGAUCCAAGUCCAGAUUGGAGCCACUUUCCAAUGUUCGAAAUUAAUCGAAAGAUUGACAGUAUUCUCAACCGUAAACGAAGGUCUGCAGCACUUGGUCCUGCACCUCUGAAUCUAAAUGUGUCUGCAUCCCAUGUGAUGGCUCUAUCGUCACAAGAAUACAUGAUGCACUCACAUCAAAUAGCUGACGAGAACAUGGAUACGUGCAAACCUGCAGAAGGCUUUGCAUCUCGCAUAGAAGAUCCUGCUGGCCUCAAUUCAGAUCCUUCAGGGCCAAAGUUAAAAGGACAAUUAUCGGAUACCAUGUCAUGUUCUUGCAGCAAGGAUGACAACAACUCAGCAGAUUGUCCAAUAGAUGAGCAGCAUACAAGCCACUAUUUUGCAAACUCAAAGCAUGAACUACCCUCUGUAUCUAACGAAAAGAAGUUCAAGUUUGCAGGAAACAACCACAAUCGAAUUGUUGCAAGUGAGGCCCACAAUCUGAAGACAAGAAGAUCUGUUGUCCAUAAACAACAAAGUGCUGCAGAGGCAAUGUUCUGUGCACCAGUACUUGGUAGUGAGUUUCAGAAUGAACCAAUAACUAUUUCUACCAUCGGCAAGAAGGAUGGUGAAAAUUUUCAUGAGAUGUAUAAAUCUCAUGGCAAGGCUGUUUCGUGUUCUUUGUUACCUUAUGAGCAUCAUCGUCAUCUCAAAACACAGAGAACGGAAUCUGCAGGAAAUCUGAAAGUCUGCACGUUACCUGAUCAAACUGCAAAUAAAUUGACAGAAAAGAGUAAUGGUGAGCUGCUGACAUAUGGACCAAAGUCAAAGGAAAUGUAUACAGGAAAAUCUAGCGGCUUUGGAGUUUGUAUGUACGGCACCAAUAUUGGCAGUCGGUUAUUCAGAGCACAGAAUCAAUCUUCAGCUAAGACUGAAACAUUGCACAGUGAUACUCUUAUUGGGUCCAAAUCCUCAGCAGCUAGCAGCUCCGUCCAAGAGCGAGAUUCAGGAUACAGUAAAGAAGAUGGAACCCAUAAUGUCAAGGAAGGUCAUGAUGUUUCGUCCAAAGCAACCAUUGGUAGUAAGCAAUCGUGCAUGCCCGGAACAGGAAUCACGAACCUAGAUCUCAUACUUUCCCAAAUGAGCAGAAUGAGAAAUCAAAUUUCCAGUGGUAUAAUUCAACCACCAAUAGGUGCCGAGCCAAGUGAUAGAUGGCUCAAGCGCCUACAGCUUGACAUAUCAGAUCCUGACAUGCCUGGUUCCAAGAGGCCAAAAGUUGCAGACAGCGCUCCACUCAGGCAAAUAAAUCGUUCUUUUGACAUGGCACUUCCUUGCAACAGGACUGACACUGGAGCAAUCGAUCGUGUUAAGGAGGACCAGAGCUUGGAUGAAGGGAAAAAAUUGCAAGAAACGCAAGAAAGAACCCCAAUUCUAGAGAAGAGCGUGAAUAGUUGGAUAGGAAGAUGGUGCCAGGGUGGCACUCCAGUUUUCCAUGAAGACCCAGGCCAGGGAAGGCAAGCAACAAAGCCUGGCCGGUUAUCCGAAGAACUUGAAGGUCAGUUCCCAAGCAUUGCAGCGAUGGCGAUGAUGGGGCGAGCGAUGAACAAGCUUCGGCCAUGCGAGCAUCAGAAGAAGGGGCCAUUUGUGGUGUGGAAGACAGAUUGA